CAAAACUUGCCUUUUUUUGUUUACCUUUCUUCAGCCACUUCGGACAAAAAUGAAGUACGUGCAACUUGGAAGUAGCGGUCUUCGUAUCGCCCCAAUUGGUGUGGGAUGCAUGAGUUUUGGAAACCCCGACGGCCGUUACAAGUGGUCGGUCCCAGAAGAAGAUGCAUUGCCCGUGCUUGAUCACUGCUACAGAUCCGGUCUGAAUUUCUUCGACACAGCAAACACCUAUUCCAAUGGCUUGUCUGAGGAAAUUCUUGGCAAGGCGAUCAAGAAGUACGGAUGGUGCCGAGAAAACAUUGUCAUCGCCACCAAGGUUUGGGCACCAGUUGGCCGCGGUCUCGAACAGCCAAUUGCUAUGACGGAUGACGAAAAGGAUGACGCCGGCUACGUGAACCAAUACGGAUUGAGUCGGAAGCAUAUCUUCGAGAGCAUCGAUGCAAGCCUGCAAAGACUAGGUCUGCCCUAUGUCGAUCUGCUGCAGAUCCACCGUUUCGACCCUAGAACUCCCGUAAGGGAAACAAUGGAGGCGCUUCACGAUAUUGUCAAAUCCGGCAAAGUGCGCUAUAUCGGUGCUUCUUCGAUGUGGGCUCAUCAGCUCCUUGAGUAUCAGUACACCGCUCGCAUCCACGGCUUGACGGAGUUCAUCUCUAUGCAGAAUCUUCACAAUGCUAUCUACAGAGAGGAUGAGAGGGAGAUUUACCCUGCAUGUGCCAAAUUUGGAAUGGGUGGGAUUCCUUGGAGCCCCGUUGCAAUGGGCUUCUUAGCUCGACCCUGGCGUGACUUCUCAAAAACCACACGUGGAGAGGGUCAAUCCUCUGGCUUCCUCGGUCAACACGCUACAGAGGCAGACAAGAAGAUUAACGAGCAGAUUGAGAAGCUUGCUGAGCAGCAUGGUGUGUCGAUGGCGACUGUGGCAAUUGCUUGGUCGCUUUCCAAGCCAUUUAUUACAGCGCCGAUUCUUGGAAUGAGUAAGAAAGAAAGAGUUGAUGAAGCAGUCAAGGCUAUCUCUUUCAAGCUCAGUCCCGCCGAAUUAAAGAGCAUUGAUGACCUAUAUGAGCCGAAGAAGGUGCUUGGUCAUCAAUAAAGAUUCUGUACUUGGAAUUGCAGCUAGGAACCCAAGUUUUCCAACCGACAAAAUAGUCACUAUUGUUGAUCCUUUCACAGUCCCAAAAUCACCUGUAUCUAUUGCAGUUUUAUGACUUGAUUGUCUGCCAUAGACAGAAAUUUAUUCAGAGGCCCA